CAUGAACAACCAAGCCCACCAAGCCUCGCUACUGCACGCUAUCCACGCUUGUCAGCCACCCAGACAACCACGCGGAUAACGUGGAACAACCAGGCAUCGGCCUUACUGCGGCAGUAUUCUUGAGAACCGAGAGCGGGGUAUCCCCGGUGCAAGCCCCAAACUCUAUCCUACAUAUAUCAAAGAACCAUCUCGUGGCGUUCGCGGAUCGUUCGCACGACUCGAUUUAGGGUCUAUUUUGUCAAGUGACGACUCAUAGGAGCAACGAACAGCAGGGUUAUGGUCGCGACUGAGGACGAACGGGAUGGCGGGGCUGGUGGGAAGGACGGAAGGGCGAUGGAUGAGAGCACGCAGAAUACGCAGUAUGACGGGAUCGGGACGAGAUAUCUGGAAAUUAAGACAUUACCUGCUGCGGAGCCCGAGUUACCGAGUAUACUGAGCGCGCUGGGGGAUGUGGUGGAAGGGAAGAAAUGCCUUGACCUAGCCUGCGGUACAGGCAAGUAUACCCACCUUAUUUCCACCCUCAGCGCCACAAGCGUCACCGGCUACGAUAUCUCUCCAACUAUGAUCUCCGGUGCCCUCACCACCUACCCUCCCUCGCAAUACCCGAACUUACGUUUCGGCGUCGCAGACUGCAGCGUCCUUGACUCACUUCCAGCAUCAGACAACGGCACAUUCGACCUGGUCUUCUCAGCAUGGUUUCUCAACUACGCCGGCAGCGAGCGCGAAUUAAUCAGUAUGUUCCAUGUCAUUGAAUCGCAGAUGGCUCCCGGGGGAAAAUUCAUUGGCUUGACGACUGAUGCGCAUGAUCCGAACAUGUCAAUUCAGAAGCUGGACUUCUAUGGCCUCGAUAUUCUGGUCCUCGAUGCGGCGUACAUCGCGCCUGAUAGCGGCGAGGUUGUAGGCAUCAAGGCGAAAGUCAAGGUCAGCAAGGCCGGAUUCGAGUUCGAUUGUUUCCAGUUCAGGAAGGAAGUUUAUGAGAGGUGCGCAAAGGAGGCGGGUUUGAGGAUCAGGUGGAGAGAGUCCGUUAUGCCGGAUGAUGAGAGGAAGGAGACUGGGUACUGGGAGGAGUGGCUGGCGAGACCGACUUUUGCUAUGCUUGAAGCGACGCGGACCGGAUAGUGAUCUCGAUCCGUUGAAGGUGUCUUGAUCGCCAACCAAUCAGAAGGUAAUAUCUGCACUAAGCUUGCACCGUACCGACAUAAGUUUGCUGGCUGGUCUGAGGUCAGUGUGAAGGCAGGAAUUGGGUGCGAACAGUUUGUGAGCACAGAGCCAAAGCGACGAGGCUCAAGUGUGAUGUAAAUAUGAUAUAGAUUCAUAACUCAUUCGUACUUUUCGUA